GGAACCGGAAGUGGACCUCGAGGCAGGAGGAGGAGGAGGAGGAGGAAGCCGGCGGCGGCCCCGUCAGCAGCCGGCUGCUGGGGGCCAGUAGGAGGCGGCGGUCCCGAAGGGCGGCGGCCGCGCUGCUCCUGGCGAGCCGGUCCCGCGACGGGGCGGGCGGCCCAAGGGCUCGGCGUCAUGAGGCUGUACAGCCUCAGUGUACUGUACAAAGGCGAUCCCAAAGCGGUGCUGCUCAAAGCCGCAUACGACGUGUCUUCCUUCAGCUUCUUCCAGAGGUCCAGUGUUCAGGAAUUCAUGACCUUCACAAGUCAACUGAUUGUGGAGCGCUCAGCGAAAGGCACCAGAUCUUCUGUCAAAGAACAAGAGUAUCUGUGCCAUGUGUAUGUCCGGAAUGACAGUCUUGCAGGUGUGGUCAUUGCUGACAAUGAAUACCCAUCCCGGGUGGCCUUUACCUUGCUGGAGAAGGUACUGGAUGAAUUCUCCAACCAGGUGGACAAGAUGGACUGGCCAGUAGGAUCCCCUGCCACAAUCCAUUAUGCAGCCCUGGAUGGUCACCUCAGUAGAUACCAGAAUCCUCGAGAAGCUGACCCCAUGAGUAAAGUGCAGGCUGAACUAGACGAGACCAAAAUCAUUCUGCACAACACCAUGGAAUCUUUGUUAGAGCGAGGUGAGAAGCUAGAUGACUUGGUGUCCAAAUCCGAGGUGCUGGGGACACAGUCUAAAGCCUUCUAUAAAACUGCCCGGAAACAAAACUCCUGCUGUGCAAUCAUGUGACGCAGCCCGCAGAAGCCCAGUGCUGGAACGUCACCGUCAUUCACAUCAGAACCGCAGCCCCCAGAAAAGAAGAGACAGCCAUAGAAGAGGACCGGGAAUGGGGGCAGACUGGCCACUUUUUAUUUUGAAGUUUCCGGGAAGAACUGAGGGAUGGUGAAAGGGGUGGGGACCAUUCAAAUUCAUGUCUGGUAGUGACUUUUGGAAAGAAUUUGAGGCCCCCAAAAGUGUAUUUUUGGGUAAAUGAAACCAUAAACUCGGAGUGGCUCCUGUAGAUGCUGAAGGGCUCGGUCUCAGCUAACCCCAGGAGGGCUCUGUGGGAGGGAGGUCAGAGCCAGCAUUUCUCGAUCCUUGAUAUAUUUUAUGUGUAUUUUAUUUGUACAUUAAUGAUAUUAACACUCCAGUGAGUGGGUGGGUGGGGAGGGGAGAGUCCCUGAUGCAAGGGCUGGAGUAGGCAGUUUGGAGACCCUUGGGAAACCCUCUCCUGGGGCCAUGGGGGGGUGUGGAGGGGGGAGCCCACCGCAGUGGCCCCAGCCGGACCAGGGCUUCAGGCUCAGGGCCUGUUUGGGGGGUAAACAGUCACUGGGUCUCACAGAUUCUGAGACUGUUAUUUAGCUUGCCUUUCUGCUAGGAUUGGCUUCCUGCUGAGGGCAGAGCCCAUCCUAGCAGCUUCCAUCAAGUAUCACAAAGGUGACUUGUGGGAGUGUUUGGAAGGAGCUGAGACGUGGGCUGGAACAUGUGGGUCGUGGUCACACCAGCAUGCAGGCUGGGCACUGAGCCCGGGAGAGUGGGAUAUUCCUUCAGUGUUCAGCUGGAGUGUCCCAUCUUCAGAGGACGAUCCAAACACAGGUGCACUUACCUGCCCAGGGUCUGGGGGACAGCUGCCUUGACUUGCAAUUUGACUUUGAACAUCAAGAUCAAAGCAAUAGGUGCUGUAGUCUCUCAAAACUGGUUUUUAUUUGCCUCUCUGGCUACAAGACUGCCUUGGCAACUGCCUGGGGCCUAUACAUCUAAACAAGUAGGUCUUUCCCGUGGGCACCAGGGGGAGGUGCCAGCCUGCCCGACGACUCCCAGAACCCCUCCUGUGGUCUGGCCAGUGCAGGCCUGCCAGUCCCUUCCUGGUCAGAGGCGGCUGCUUGAGUGGUGGAGGCUGAGGGGUUGGUCUAAGCUGGUGCCUGCCGCCAGCGGGAGGCCUGCCACAGCCCCAAGGCCCAGUCCUGGAGACAGGCUGGAGCAGCCCAGGAGAUGGGCCCAGGGUGGUCCAGGCCCUCGGGUCCUAGUGCCAUGUUCCAAAUUGCCUCUUCAUGCCCUCCUGUGCCCCCCAUAUGCACCCCUGGCAUCCAGUCCCCAUGGAAGCCCCUGCUGGGAUGGUGUCAUCUACGAGUUUUGAACCAGUAUGGUGGUGUCUUUGGGAGUCCUGCCUCGAGCUUGCCAUUCUGCUGAGAGCUCCCAGUGUGCUGACCAGGAGUCCCAGGGGCCCUGAAUCCCCAGGGUGGGUGUGACAAGAGGGUGAGGUCUGCUGAGGGUUCUGAGGACCCCACCGCUGGCUGGUUUACCUGCUGCCGCCCUUUUUGUCUGGGUGUUGCUGGCCUUGGCCUACCCCUGAAGGAACCUGUCCAUGUCAUUUUUCUACUAUAGACACCCCAAGCCCAGGGUCCACCGAAAGCCCAGACCCAGCCUGCUCACUGGUGCCUGAGAUGGAGUGGAUUGGGCCUGGAUCCAAGGGACUGGGACAGGGGUGAAGCCUUUUUCCCUCCCACACUAGACACUGCGGGAGAGGAAUGGGCUGGAGGUGUGAAUUUGGGGAAAGAGGAAGUGAGACCUGGCCUUGAUUUCUCCAGGGGCUUGGCCUGCCUGGGCCAGCCCCUGGCUGAGCAGGGCAGGGUGGUGGGUGUGACUCAGGCCCUGUGGUGGACAGAGGGCACACCCUGCGUUCUUCCUGCUCCCUGUUGUGUUUAAUGUUAAACCAUUUGGCAAGAGUGUAUUUUAAUAACUGCUGCCUAACCUUUCUGUGUUCUGUUUGAGAGGUUCCUGUCCUGAUAAAAGUUGUCCUUUGAAAUU